CGGCAACAGCAGCCGGUCCUCCCUCCAGGUGCACGUGUGUGUGUGACAGCCGGAACUGGAGGAGGCGGCGGCGGCGCCCAGCAGCAGCGGCGCAGGCUGGGUGACGCUGGUAGAGGGUAUAGCUUAAUCACCGCAGUUCCUGCCCUGGCUGCUUGUAGCUGCAGACGCCGCAGCAGUGCAAAGAGACGCCGCCGGUGGGAGUGAAGCUGACUGCGGCUGACUGUAGGCUUUUUACCAUGAUGUCCCCAGGAUCAUCCAACAUAAAAAUAACCUGUGAACUUUUUGUAUACCUUUUAGUAUUCAUCACUGGAGCUUGGGGAGAUUGCAAUGCUCCUGAAAAAGUCGAAUUUGCAGAGCAAGCGACGGAUACUCUUGAUAAGGCCAGCUUUCCUACUGGUUCAGUAGUGACAUAUAGUUGUCAACCUGGCUAUAAACGUAUAACUGGCACAACUGUAACUUCAAAAAAAUGUUUACCUGACAAUACAUGGUCACAACUUGAUGUAUUCUGCGAGCGUAAAUCAUGUAGGAAUCCUGGUGAUAUAUUAAAUGGAGAUAUAGAAGCUACUGACUUUUUAUUUGGCUCUAGAGUCAUCUUUAAAUGUAAUGAUGGUUUCCGCUUAACAACCAAACGAAAUUAUAGCGAUUGCCUAGCAGAUGGCACAUGGAGCAAUCCUCUCCCUGAAUGUGAAGUUGUUAUCUGUCCUGCACCAAAUUCGCCUCCAGAUGGAUCAUUUGACCCUUACAAGGAUGAGUACACUUACUUAGAUGCUGUUACCUUUUCAUGUAAUAAGGGUUUAGUACUUGCCGGUGAACCUUCAGCAUCCUGCACAGCUAACGGAUCAUGGAGUUCUAGUUCUCCUACAUGCGUAGUGGUCCAGUGCUCUGAUCCAUAUGUUCCACAUUCAAAGAGGUUGUCAGGAUUUAUGGGCCCAUAUUCUCUAUAUUCUGCUGUGGUAUUUGAGUGUGAUAAUGGUUACGUUAUGAAUGGAUCCAGUUCCAUCACUUGCAAGAUUAACAGUCAGUGGGAGCCUAAAGUCCCAGAGUGUCUGAGUGUGUGUGCUCCUCCACCCAUACUUCUUUAUGCGGAGCUUGAUGAAGGCUUUUCCCACCUCCUCAACUACUUUUCUGGCAUGACUGUGCUGUACAAUUGCAAAGAAGGUUUUGAACAUGAUCGUAAUAAAAAGAAUACCGUAACAUGCGACAAUAAGCUCUGGGAUGUGUCUGAGAAUUUCUGUAUACGGAAAUCAUGUGGUGAUCCAGGACACGUAAAGGAUGCUACAAUGUCUGCUAAAGAUUUCCUGUUUGGUUCCAGAGCAAAUUAUUUAUGUACAGAAGGGUAUGCAAUGCUUUCAGAUACAUACAGAGAAUGUCAGGCUGACGGGACUUGGAGCAGAGCAGAUAUUGUUUGUACAGCGGUGUGUAAUCCUCCUCCUACACUCAGUAAUGCAGAACUUGUUGAAAGAUUUGCCGACCUACCCAACUACUUUAACGCUAUGACGGCGGAGUACAAUUGCAAACAUGAUCCCAACCAAAAAAUUGCAAUAACUUGCUUAGGCAAAAUCUGGUCCAAUCCUAAAGAGGUCUGCCCACAAAGAAACUCCAUACCUAUCAUUGUAGGAAUAAUCAUUGCAGUUGCUGUUGUAUGCUGUGGUGGAGUACUGAUUUGGUAUUUUAAAAAAUAUAAAAAAAGCCGGAAACCCAAGACAGAUACUCUUAAUGUGGAGUACACUCAUUGUGAUGCAUAAAUAUAUAUGAAGAAAUGAAGAUCUGGCUUACUUAUUCCUUUCAUUUGAAACACACUGAAAAAAGGUGUCUGAGCGCUGAGUAGGCUCUUCCUCCAUAAACCUGGUUGUCACUCCUCUCUUUUGAAACUUGGGUAGAAAUAGAAUUCAUAUAAUAUGUUAAAUUAAUAUUGGAUUCAGCUCUCAAAGCUGACUGGAUGGUAAUUCACAGGCACCGCUUCUUGCUGGACACUUCCCUCCAGUUAGUCCCUGGCAGUGCUGCAUCUUCAUGUUUUCCUUCCGUCAUGCCGAACAUGACAAUAAUAACAGUUAAGCGCUUGAAUCUGGGCUGCAUAGCACGCAGAAGGCAUGAAGAACCCUUCUAGCAAGUAUAACCGCAAGAAGAACACAGCCUGUUCUUGGGGGAAUCAGAACAGGACAAUUACUGGCUAUUAAUGCUUUUGCUGGGUUAUUAUGCUGCUUACUGAUUUAGCAGAUAUUGCUGUCUAUCACAUUUGUGCCUAUCUUUCAUAUAUGAUAACAACAAAAUUGGUCUAUUUUAAAGUGACCAGUGAAUGUCACUGUUCCUUUCCCCAAAAAAUCUUUUUUUUAAUGAAUAUGUUCUGAUUUUUUUUCUAUAUCUUAAGUGUCAAAUAACUAGCGUGAUGCAGGAAGUUUGACGCCUGUCUCUUUUUGCCCACAUGUGGCAGAGAAAUGAUUUGUCUGUGUUCUAGUUGUAUUCAUGGCUCUGUGGAAGUGGCUGUAAUAUCCUAGCUAUCUGGGAUAACAUUUUCUGCAUUAUUAAAUGUAGGUGGAUGAGCUCUAUGUACCCACUAGCUUGGAAUAUUGAUUCAUCAUAAUCUACAAUAGUAUGUUCAGUACAGUUAGACAAAUGAUGAUAAGUUGGGGUGGCACUGUUUAAGCCAAAGUCCUUUGCCAAAGCUACGUGAUGUUGGAGAAUUGAUUUAUAUCCGUUACAGUACUUGAGCCCCAGUUAAUACUUUCAGAGAGUUGUGAAGGGUGAGGUGGUAUGGUUGACACCUGGAUCAUGUGUGAUUGUAAUGUAGUUGUAGCACAUGAUCAGACAGUCUGGCAAGGUGGUUGGAUCAGGGGUCAUAGUACAUGUGGUUUUAGUAGAAUUAGUAUUGUCUGAUUUCCCCCUGCCAUCCACCAUAUUUUCUAGCUCUGGAAUUUCUGCAGAGCUCUUGUAAGAACACCAUGGACUCCAGCCUAUAGUAAGGUGCCUGGUGGGAAACUUUACACAGUAUUUAGUAUUAGAUCUGUCAGUGAAGGGAGUGUGCUAAUGUUAUUUAAUGGACACAAGGUUCAAAUAGGUUAAUAGUUUAUUUAAUGAUCUACUGAAAUAACAUAAUGAGUAAGCAUAAUCGUACCAAAUUGAUAUUGGGGCUUUUACACUCAUUUUACCACUUGAGGUUUUACAACUAAUAGUUGGUAAUGCUGCAUUUUGGUACAUUUGUAAUAUGUGAGUAAAUGAAAGAAUAACUAAUUUUAUUUUGUUAUAUUGUAUAAAACUGUUGUCAGUCCUCCAGAAAACAAUAAUUGCAUUUCUGACCAAUAGUUUAGUAUUCUAAUGUGAUGCAAGUUGUAGGUAAAGUAAAAUAAAUCCCUGUUGGGAAGUGUAACAGUUCAUCUAGUUACUACUGGUGUUGCAUAAUCAGUGAGUAGUUUUAAUAUAAUUAUCAUGUUUCUGUUAAAUGCCUAAUUGUUUGACAAGUCCACUCUUUAGUUGCGUUCUUCUCUAACAGGCAUAUACAGUACAUGUUUUGGGUUGGCUACAAAGUCCCAGUAGAUCCCGACAGAUCCUGGUACCUAUUUUCACCCUAACCCCUCCUCCCACAGCCUAACCCUAUUCAUUUCCCUAGUGCCUAACCUCAAGCCCAGUUAACUAUUCAUUAAUUAUAUUAUAAUAUAUAUAUAUGCAUACAAUGAAUAGUUAAGUGGUCAGUAAUACAUUGAGAGUCGCCUCUCAAAUCAUGUAUGUCCCAUAUUCAUCAAAUUUAGACUGCCUUGAAAUGACUCCAGCACAUUGUCUCAAUGAUGGGGAGCUCGCUAGGAGAAUGGAGAGCAGACAGAUAUCUUAUUGAACUGAAGACAAUUGCUUAAGCGCUGGAAAAGAAAAUUGAGGAAACGGCAGCACUUAUGAAUUUAAGUUUUUUUUAUUAAACAAAUUGCUAUUUACACAAUGGUAUCAAACUCUCGGGAGUUUAUGAUGAUAAUAAUUGCAUUUGUCAGAGCAAUAAGAUAUAUAAUGGAUACAGAUUAACAACACAAUAAAGAUCACUAAGGGGUGUAUUCAAUAAUUGUCGGAAGCUGCUGUCUUGUCUGAAAGACGUCAGUUUCCGACAGGUUUAGGUUGGAAGAGGUUCUGACCUAUUCAGUAGGGGGCCAUUUUUUCCGACAAGUUUAGCCCCGUUUCCGACAAUGUCAAUCCGACUUUAAAAAUGUCAGAUUGCCAUUGUCGGGACCGGGCCAGAUCUGUCUGGUUUGGCCAGCCAUUGAAUGUUGACCGGUCAGAGCCUUUCCAUUGGAAAGGAUCCGACAGGUGUUGAAUACUCCCCUAAACUGCAUAAUGUAUCCACUUUGUACUAAAUCAAAUGUCCCAGAUUAAUGGAGUAUAGACCUAAUAAAAAUAAAUACUCAAUAAAUGAGAGUUCAGCAGCAAUGGUUAAUAAAGGUGCUCCUAGAGUCUAGUGAAACAUCUCGCCAUGUAAUGUGUCCAAAUCUGACGAGUGUCUCAGGUGUUUGGUUCAAAGUACAGAGCCGUCUCUUUAGCCAAUAUAUGACCUCACUGAAAUAGUGCACUGAACAGGGGAGAAUAAGUAGUUUAGCCUUUGUUUGGGGCUUCAGUGACUCUCACUGUAAUAUCUGGGUGGCCGCUAUUGGGUGCAGCUAUUGGGUUUUGAACACUUUUAGCACCCAUAUCCUCAACACGUUUCAAAACCAUACUGAAAAAGCUGUGACUGGGAAUCGUGCUGAACUGUCUGGGCCACUGUCAGUGAGGAGCCUUCCUGCAUUUCUGACUGUCAUAUAUGUUUCCAACUACAGUAUAGCUAAGCAUUGCAAGUUGACAUCUGUAUACUCCCUAGCGUGGCAAACCCCGAAAGCUGCAUGAGUUAGCUGCAGUGCAGGUUCCCAGAAAGUACAGUGAGUCACUGAAGCCCCAAACAGCAGCUAAAUGUAUUGCUCCAGUAGGAGUAGUUUGGUUUUUCCUUGAAAAUGAUUGGUGCUUUAAAAAUACGGCCAAUCUCGCACAAAUUGCUGCACUUCUGGCUUCUCAGUUUAUUAGCCCAGUGUGUCAGACACAUUACAUGGUGAGCUGCUUUGCUAGCUCUAGGAGCACCUUUAUUUGCUAUUGCUGCUGAACGCUCAUUGACCCCUCUUUCACACAGACAAGCAAAUUACCGGAUCAAGAAUGUCUACUCAGUAAUUUGUGGAUCAACACGGGUAUUUUGUCUGUAUGAAAGGGUCAACCCAGGUUGAAGUUCCCGGGUCUCCGACCCUUUCACACAGACUGAGAAUAGUAACCUGCAGUGAGGAUGGCUAGCAUGGUGGUGCACAUGCUCAGACGGUGAAAACGACACAGAAAAAGGUACACACUUUUUUUUUUUUUUUUUUUGGUCGACCAUUUUCCAUGUCAACCUUUAGCUGUGUAAACCUUUCAUAGUUCGACCUAAUGACCAAGUCGACCUUUAGUCCAUGUCAACCAUUUCACUGUCAAUCAUAUGGUGUCAACCUAAUGAUUGUAGACCUUCUUACUGUAGAUCUAUUGAUCUGUAACCUGUUCAAGUAUUUGGAUUAUUUAUCUAGAAAUCUUUUGAAGAUAAAGUGCACUUCAUAUGUGGAUUUUUUUCCCUGGUAUUCCUGAUUUUUAUACCUUUGUCCCUUGGCCCUAGUCACCACCCUUGUUUCCAUUUUACAAUGUAUAUACUUUGUGCAUAUUAUCAGCAUAUAUGAGAGCUCCCCAGUUAAAGAAUGACAAAUACAAUUUUGUUGCUAUACUGUUGAGAGGAAUCUGGUGAGAGAGCACGGACUGCAUACAGUGUGGCUGCUCACUUAUUGCGUGAUUAUUAUGGGAGUAUUCCCAUGUAGUAAUCAUUUGAAAGACUUGUCAUGGGGUAAAUUACUUGGGGCCAAUUCAGAGUUACACCCAAGCAGGCCACAGUUGAACUUGUACUGCACGCAGUACAAUCAACUGAAUUUGCUGCGCUAUAUAAGAAACUGUUAAAUAAAAAAAUUAAACUCAAUACUUAUAUUUGUUCAUGUCAAAUUGGGUGCAUCUGUGUAACUGCACUGUCCCUAUCCAUCCAUGGUCAAGUAGCCUCCAUCACUAUCUGUGCAGCGCCAACCCUUAACCUGGUUCAGAAGAUCGUCUAUGAUCAAAUGGAUUUCUACAAACACCCAAUUCCAUCUGCAUGCACUCACUAAAAUUAGCCUACAUGUGCCCUGUUACACCCAUUCAUCCGCACAGUGAGAUGUGACUGAUGUGCAUGCAUUCCGCUUCGUAGCCUGCGCAUUGCGAAAAAUAAAUAGAUCCGUCCUGUAAAACUAACGUGCAUACAGCUUUGAAUUGGUAACUUUGCAUAGUCACAGUAGCACACUUACUGUUCACACGCUGCAUGCCGUGCUUCAGCUCCAUCUUCAGAGUCGUAUAUGGCAUUUUUAUUAGUUUUUUUUAUACUGCUUCAUUUCUAAAUAUGACACUGUGUCCUGUAAGAAAGGCCGCAAGCUCUCCUUAUGUAGGGAAUACUCUUAAUCUACUGCUCAUUCUGAUACUGUGUGACUGAAAGUACAUGAUCUCUGAGAUAAGCAGUUUAUUACUGAAGAUGUAAACUGCAUUGUAACAUGUCUUGUGUGUAAAAUGGCUUUGUGCAUGCCUUCUCUUAGAUUGCGUUAGCUCAUAGUUAGCGGCCUUCUAGCUACAGUUUUCAUUGCAGGACACCUGGCCAAUAUGUAUGGAAAGCACCAAUGUGUAUGUGCUUUUAACAGAAAAAAAAAAACUUAUGCCAGAUCCUAUGGGCGGUAUCCUAAUACCCAUGGUAAAACAUUGGCACAAAAAUCUUACCUUUUUUUGCGAAUUUUCCAGAUGUUUCACAGAUUUUUUAUUUUUUUACAAACUAUCCUAUUAGACCGCCCGUAAAAACAACACAAAACAACCAGCUGGGUCUACAGGGAGGGCACCGCGGCCCGAGAGCCAGCAAUCGCCACUGUGACUCCUGGCGGGGAAGCCGGGGCAGUGGGGUGACUUGCAUCACCCCCCCCCAAAGCCCACACGCGCACACACACACACACUUGCCCCACCCCCAUCAGGGAUGGGGUGGGUGGUGGUGUAGCGCUGCACCGGGAGCUGUCAGGAGCCGACUCCCAGUGCAGUACACAAUAGCCCCAAUAGAAUACCCUGGGUGAUAGCAUUACUGCGGGUAAUAGGAUACCACCCAAUGUGUUUUAACACGAAAAUGAGGUAUAAUUGGAUAGCACGUAGCGAAUCAUGGAGCAAAAAUCGCUAUAAUGGGCUGUUUUUUUCUAUGUGAAAAAUUAUUGGGAACAAUGAAAUACUCCCCUAAAUAGUAAAAAAAUAAACCUACAGAUUUGAUUUAAUCGGCUGUCUUGCACAUCAAAAACAGAAACAUUCCUCAUUUACUCCUACUCCGUUUUAUUAAAAAAGAGAAUAAGUUGAAUUCAAAAGAACCCAUCUAGUAAAUAGUCUUUCUUUGCAUUGCUUGGUUAAUCACAGGGCACCCAUCUGUGACUGGCGUUAGGUAUUUUCAGGCCGCUGUAAGUGCUCCUUUGCUAACAUUGCUUAUAGGUGCAACAUUUUCUAGUUAUGAGAACUAUUGUGCAUCCUGAGGACGUACUUGGACAAUAGUUCUCAUAACUGGACAAUUAUUUUUGGGAAUUGAACCUUUUUGAGUUUUUAAGUUAAUAAGUAUAUCAGUUAUAUGAUGGCUUGGAGAUUUGGAAAAUUGUGGAAAACUGGAUUGUAAAAUGUGUAUAAUUGUUAACCAGUUGUCUUUAAAAUGUUGUGUUUUGUACAUUAAAGUAUAAGAAAAUUCA